AUGGCCUCCAAACCGAAGGAGCGGAGACGGGUCCCCGUGUCCCACAAAGUGAUCGAAAAAAGGAGGCGGGAUCGGAUCAACCGAUGUCUCAAUGAGCUUGGGAAGACCGUGCCGAUGGCUUUGGCGAAACAGAGUUCGGGCAAGUUAGAGAAAGCGGAGAUCCUCGAGAUGACCGUCCAGUACCUGCGAGCGCUUCAUUCUGCCGAUUUCCCUCGCGGGAGAGAAAAGGAGCUACUAGCUGAAUUUGCUAACUACUUUCACUAUGGCUACCAUGAGUGUAUGAAGAACCUUGUUCACUACCUGACCACAGUUGAACGAAUGGAGACCAAAGAUACCAAGUACGCACGGAUCCUGGCUUUCUUGCAGUCCAAAGCUCGUCUUGUUGCUGAACCCGUCUUUACUUCCCUGGGAUCUUUCCCAGAGCCAGACUUUUCCUACCCGCUUCCACCAGCGCCAGACUGCCCCAGUGACUCUGUUUUCCAGCAGGGCUCUGGACAUGGGCCCUUCUCCUGGCACAGCUCUGCCAGGAGCCCCCCUCUUCCUUACAUCCCCAGUACUGGUGCUAUACCCCUUGCUAACCCUGGACAGCAGCGUAACUCUUUCUUGUCAUCAGUGCAAGGUCUGGACCGCCACUAUCUCAACCUGAUCGGCCAUUCCCACCCUAAUGCAUUCACCCUGCCAGGCAGUCAGCAUCCAUCUGUGCUAUAGCAUGUAUCUGGGAUUGCCCGCUCAUUAUCCAAAGAGGGUCUCUGUGCCUUUAAUAGCUGCACAGAGAAGAAGAUGGUAUUUGCCUUACUAACGCUGCAGUGACAAAAUAAGCCAUACCACCAAACAUCUUCCGGCCAUGUAAAUCUUAAAGACAAAGAUGAUCUAAUA